UAUUUCUAAGGAGUAGAAUCGUCAAUUGGGAACCCCCCUCUUUAACGUAAAGGAAAUCAGAGCGGCGAAGUUGAAGAUCAGACAGCGAUGGCGAGCGGCGGAGCUGCGGUGGACUUGGAAGAUGUUCAGACAGUGGAUCUCACGUCGGAGCUCCUCCGCCGUCUCAAAUGCGCGUCCAAGCCCGACAAACGCCUCGUCUUCAUCGGUCCCCCUGGGUCAGGGAAAGGUACCCAAUCUCCAGUAAUCAAGGAUGAAUUUUGUUUAUGUCAUUUGGCCACCGGUGACAUGUUAAGAGCCGCUGUUGCUGCUAAGACCCCUCUUGGCGUGAAGGCAAAAGAAUCUAUGGACAAGGGAAAGCUUGUUUCUGAUGACUUGGUUGUUGGUAUAAUCAAUGAAGCCAUGAGCAAGCCUAGAUGCCAAAAAGGAUUUAUCCUUGAUGGGUUUCCCAGGACUGUGACUCAGGCAGAGAAGCUAGAUGAAAUGCUUAACAAACAGGGGGUUCAAAUUGAUAAAGUUCUGAACUUUGCCAUCGAUGACUCAAUCUUAGAGGAAAGAAUUACUGGGAGAUGGAUCCACCCAUCGAGCGGCAGGAGUUAUCACACAAAAUUCGCACCUCCCAAAGUCCCUGGAUUUGAUGAUGUUACUGGGGAGCCUUUGAUUCAGCGGAAAGAUGAUAAUGCUGAGGUUCUGAUGUCAAGGCUGGAAGCUUUUCACCGGCAAACCAAACCGGUGAUUGACUACUAUGCUAACAAGGGAAUUCUUGCAAACAUCCAUGCGGAGAAACCUCGCCAAGAAGUUACAUCCGAGGUCCAAAAGGCAGUCUCCUGAUGAAUAUGAUCAAAGAAAAUCUCGAUCUUUAGCCCCCUCGGUGUGAAAAAUGAUCCUCAUUUCCCAGCCCAUAAGGGAUGCUUUUUAUAUAUCCUGGACCUGCAGAAGGAUGGGUUUUUUCUUUGCUCAGCUCCUGCGUUAAACUUUUCGGCUAAUUUCGCAGUCGAGAAUAAAUCUUUUACCAUCGGUUGAAAGGACCAGAACGUUCUCUGUUUUUGUUUGUUGCCUUUCGUGAACGUGGAAAAUAAGGUUUUGAUGUUUUGUCUGGGACGAACUAUGUCGUAGGUUCUGUAGAGGGGCGCUAAAUGUCUGAAAAGCUUCAUUGAUUCAGGUGGUAAAUUUCUUCU